AUUUUCUCUUUCUCGUGACUCCCUAGUUGCAAUUUUGUUAUUCCCAAUCGUUUAUAUAUAAUGUCACCUUUCUUUCCUUCUUCCUCUCAAACCCAAACAUAACACAUUAUUAAUCACUACACAAAAAAUGGGUAACUGUUCUCUAAAAAGCUCAGCAUCACCGUCCAACAAAACACAAACCACUAUCCGUAUAAUGACGGAUUCGGGUCGAGUGAUUGUAAUCGAUGGUCCGAAGCUAGCUCAAGUAGUUCUCGAUGAUUUCCCGGGUUAUGGAAUCUACCAAAAGGGUCAUCUUUCACUGCCGUUGUUCGAGGAUGAACUUCUUGUUAACGGUCAAGUUUACUAUCUUUUACCAUUUGGGGUCUCUAGUAGUAAGACCUUAUCCGCCGUAACGGUGGAAGCGCCGCCGUCGAAUGAGGUGGUGAGCUUCAGGAAGGAUCAAAGCUCUGCUUUUGAGGUAUUGCCGUCGAGGGGAAAUGGAGUUUGGAGGGUGAAAAUGGCGAUUGAUCGUACGGAGUUGGAGGAGAUGUUGUCGGGGAAUGCUGAGGCUUUAAUACAGAUGAUGAGAUCGGCUGCGAAGUCGUCGGAAAAGUCGCCGGAGAGGGGUUUCAGGUGGAAAUCAAUGGGUGUGAUUACUGGUAGUUUGAAAAGUCCGGCAGCUCCCCGGAGGCUUACUAGUUGCUAGUGUUUACUAAAACUCUAAAAGAUUCUUACUUAAUUAUGGGGUUAUUGUAAUCUUGUGGAUAAUUAUGUAAUACAGCGUAAUUUGAUGGAUUAAUUAUGUUGUUCGUGUGCA